GGGACAUGCCAUGUCCAAGCUCAGACAAAGGGGGGAAUUGAGUAUAAGAUCUUACCUACUCCACAGCAAAGAGUUAGCUAUUACAAACAGACACUCUCCGACUAAGCCUUAAGAUUUUUUGAAGAAUUCGAGGAUUGUUAGAAUACAACAUAUGUUUCACCUCUGAACUACGAUCUCCGAGUGCCGAUGUUCAGCAACUUGCGUGGCAAGUACCUGCAAGGUGCCAUCACUGUCAGCGCUGGAAGUGCCUACUUGCUCUUCGGAUAUGAUCAGGGAGUUCUUGGUGGUCUCGUCACACAACCAAGCUUUCUCGAUGCCAUCGGCAACCCCAGCCCCAGCUUCCUCGGUCUUAUCGUCGCCCUAUACAACAUCGGUUGCUUGAUUGGAUGUAUCGUUACAUCAUUGGUAGGCAACAAAUGGGGGCGACGCCAAAUUAUCAUCUGGGGCUGUGUCAUUAUGAUCGUUGGCGGUAUCAUUCAGUCUGCAACUUACGGAGCAGCGCAGCUGAUUGCGGGAAGACUCAUAUCUGGUGUUGGUAACGGGAUGAACACGAGUAUUGUGCCGGUCUAUGUUUCCGAAUGCUCACAUGCAAAGCAUCGCGGACGAGCGGUUGCAGUACAGCUUUCCAUCGUCAUUUUCGGAACUGUUGUAGCUUACUGGCUAGACUAUGGAACUAUCAAGAACCUCACUGGUGAAGUUGUUUGGAGAUUCCCAAUUGCCUUCCAGAACGUCUUUGCCAUAGUCACAGUCAUGACUCUUCCUUUCCUCCCAGAAACCCCAAGAUGGCUCUAUUCGCACGAGUACCAAGCUGAAGCGAUCAACGUCCUCUCUCGGUUAUAUGACUGUCCAGAAGACGACCCCCUUAUCCUUCAGGUUACUCAAGAGAUCGAAACCGCUUUAAGACUUGAACACCAAUCAACCAAGUUCUCUCUCAAGGACAUCAUCAAUGACAAGACGCCAGUCAAGAAGACACGACGACUCGUUCUUUGUUUCAUGAUCCAAUUCUGGCAGCAGUUCACUGGAAUCAACGUGAUUGCUUUCUACGUUACAAUUGUUCUGGAGACCAACGUUGGAUUGUCAAAGGAGACGAGCAGUCUUGUUGCUGGCUGCAUUCAGAUCGCUUUUUGGCUUGCCACAUUUCCUCCCAUGUUCUUGCUCGACAGAGUUGGUCGCCGGCCGAUGCUCCUGUUGGGAUCUGUGGCCCUGUUCACGGCCAUGGCUGUAUUUACUGCUGGAAUUGCAGUCAACACAUCAGCGACUUCGGCUAUGGCUUUGGCAUUUCUCUUCAUCUAUGAGAUCUCCUUCGGCAUGUCAUGGAAUGCUAUUCCUUGGCUGUAUGCACCAGAGAUUACCCCCUUGGAGUUGCGCCACGUGGGUUCCUCUAUUGCUGCAUUCUCCGAAUGGCUAUGGACCUUUGUCAUUGCCCUGAUAACGCCUUAUGCCAUUGAUGCAGCAGGAUGGAAGUUCUAUCUCCUCUUCUGCGUCAUGAUACUUCUGAACAUUCCAUUUACUUAUUUCUUCCUCCCAGAGACAAACGGAAAGACUCUUGAAGAGCUUGAUUACGUCUUUACGGAUGAGGCAUUCAUUCCUGGCCAGAAAUCCACCCCCAUGCAGACACUGCAGCGAGGUAGCAAGGAGGAUGUAUCGGGAGAUUGCUUCCAAGUCGAGAAGUAGGUUUGAUGCAAAACUGCGGAAGGAAUCAGGCUUGAAUAGGAUUGAGUGCUUGGGUUGAAAGAAACUUGCGUCAUAGAGGCACUACUCGUAUUUUUUGACUUUGAACGCUUGCUUGUGUAAUGAUCCUUCCGUAGGUGAUGAUGUCUUUGUGUUCACAUCGCGCAAUAAAAUAAAAC